CUCCAGCUCACCUCAACCCACUGCACAAUGGUCACACCCACAAAGGAAGUCUCAGCCAACAAGCUCGCGCACCAGGACAAGCUCGUCUCCGAAAUGGAGAAGGAGCUUGGCCUCGCAGCCGACCACCCAGAGGACGACGAAGUGUUGCUCCUGUCCCCCGAGGACAUUGUGGCCAACCUUAAGGCCAAGAAGUCGGGCUGGACAAGCGAACGUGUGACGAUUGCGUUUAUCCGCGCAGCUUGUGCGGCCCACCGCAAGACCAACUGCUUGACGGAGGGGCCUCGGAGCACUCGCUCACGCUCGUUUGCAGUGCUGUUCCGUGAGGCUCUGGCCGACGCGCGUGCGCAGGAUGCCGCGUUCAAGGCCAGUGGCAAGGCCGAAGGAGCCUUCUGGGGCCUGCCGUCCAGCUUCAAAGAUACAUACAACAUCAAGGGCACUGACACAUCGCUGGGUUGUUCAAUCCACUGCUACGACCCUACGACCGAGGAGGCGGAUGAGGGCGGACUCGUCAAGCUGUUCCGCAAGGGCGGCGGCUUCCCCUACGCCAAGACCAACAUCCCGCAGACGCUCCUGGCGUUCGAGUGCUCCAACCCCGUGUUCGGGACGUCGACCAACCCCUACUCGUCGGCCCGUACCCCUGGUGGAAGCUCGGGAGGCGAGGCAGCGCUCGUGACGCUCCGUGGCACCCCCCUCGGCUGGGGAAGUGACAUCGGAGGCUCCCUCCGUAUUCCCGCGGCGUACUCGGGCUGUGUGGGCCUCAAACCCACCGUGGGUCGCUGGCCCGCCGCCGGCACGCGCAAGAUCAUCCAGGGCUUUGAUGGUAUCAAGCCUGUUGUCGGCCCCAUGGCGCGCACUGUCGCCGAGAUCGAGUUUGCGUCCCGUGCAAUGAUCAACCUCGUCAACGAGGAGAUUGCCGAGGGCAAGUUCCUUGCCGAAUAUGUCAUCCCCCUGCCAUGGAGGGAGGCCAAGCUGGCUCCCAAGCUCAAGAUCGGGUACUGGGUCGACGAUGGGCUCGUCAAGACAAGCCCGGCGUGCGCGCGUGCGGUCCACGAGUCGGUCGCCAAGCUCCGCGAGCUCGGCCACGACGUGUCCGAGUUCCGCCCACCUAUCCCCAUUUGGCAGGCUCUCAAGAUCUUCUCGGCGCUCAGCUCGGCCGAGGGAUACAAGCAGCUGCUUGGAAACCUUGGCCCUGAUCCCAUGGAGCCGUCGAUGCAGCUCGUGACCCUCGGCACCCGUCUUCCCAGCUUUGUGACCUCGCUCGCUGCGACGAUCGUGCGACUGCUCCUCAAGGACCAGUUGUUCGGCGAGAUCAUGUCCGCCUCCAAGCCCAAGAGUGCCGCCGAGUACUGGGACUGGACCGCCGCGCGCAACGACUACAUCGAGGCGUUUUACAAGGCGGCGUGGGAGGAGGAGCAGUACGACUUCAUCCUGAGCCCCGUGCAGGCUGUUCCAGCGCUGGAGCACGGUCGGACCAAGGAGCUGUCGCCUUUGGCGAUCCACACCAUCUUCUACAACGUGCUCGACUCGACUGUCGGCGUUGUGCCCAUCACGCGUGUCGACCCGGACAAAGACGCCGCGCCCGCCGACUACACUGCCGGCAGCACGGGCUCGUGGCUGCUCGAGAAGCGCGUGUACGGCGGCGACGACCCAGCAUACGACGCGACAAAGAUGGCCGGACUGCCUGUCGCUGUUCAGGUCGCCGGCCGCCGCUGGGACGAGGAGCGCGUCAUUGCGUUCAUGCGCGUCCUCGAGGACAACAUGGGGUACAAGUAGAGAGGAGCGUGGUGUAAUUCAGUGUGCAUACAAGGCAGAAUAGGUUAGCGGUGGCAGCUACACAUAGGUGAGGCCGCCUCUGGGUAGACGUUUUGUGAGAAGUAUAAGUG